AUGGAGAUACGCACGGAGGGCGCACCGUUGUCCGACGCGUUGGAUACACAACCUACCGAACCCCUAAAACGAGUCCGCCGCUGGCACCACCGAGGAUUUACAGGCUGUUCCACCUGUCGCCGCCGCCAUGUUCGCUGCGACGAGGCAUCUCCCGCCUGUAAUAACUGCAUCCGUCUUGGGCGCGAGUGCGAUGGCGCGCAAGGGCGGAUGACCUUCAAGGUUUACGGAGUCUCUCAGACAUCGACGGAUUCAUCGCCAGAGUCGUCCAGGGCACCGAAGAGACGGAACAACAUUUCAACAUCCAGCCCAGAGUCAAGCGAUGCUUCUGCGGUCUCCCCUGAUGGGGAGAGGGAAGAUGUUGACAUCAAGAAAACCUGCAACGCGAUGGUCGCCCCCACAACGUUAGCACAAGCAACAACCAAAUUCCGCUUCCAGGAUCCUAUUACCUCGAUCAGUAUCGCGAAAUCGAUCCAGCGCAAUGAGGAGCGUUAUCUCACUCACUUUGCGGAUCAGGUAUCAACCUUCCUGAUGAUCUACAACACCCCCCACAAUGCCAAUCCCUACCGCACACAUUUCCCGGAUUUCGCCCGAUCGUCUCCAACAAUGGUCAAUGCAAUGCAGGCAUUGGGCGCAUUACAUCUCGCGAAUACAUCGGUGGGGUCGCAGCGGAAUAGGCAUUUCCAGCAGGCAAUGGGCAAAUACGGUGUGGUGGUGAAGGGCUUCCGCGCGCGAUACUCAGAUCCCAGCCAGCAGCUUGGGUUAACGGAUUUCGCGACGUGCCUAUUACUUUCCUUAUUCGAAAUGAUGGAUUCCCAACACCACAACUGGGCAGUACAUCUCAAAGGAGCGCGCGAAAUCUACAACCUUCUCUUCUACCCGCAACCCGGAGACUCGGCGCGUGAAGAACAACGCGUCGCCGAGAUGAACCACCCGCUCCGCCCGUUCCUCGUCUCCCUACUCUCGUAUCUCGAUGUGGCGGGAGCAUGCGCAAUUCCCGGCGGUACCGUGGUCGAAGGUAAUUACUGGACGACCAUGGGUGGAGGGUGGGAAUACAAUCUUGGGACGCCAAGCUUAUUGUCAACGAUCCCCGACAACCCACGUCUGAGCGAGCUGCGGCAGGCAUGGUCAAGCCUGAUGGAAGUGCAAGCAUCUAUCAGCACAUUUGCAUCGGACAAGAAAACAUGGAUGACAAUCGAGCAGUCAGACGAGACGUAUAAAGACAUCUUCAAUCAGCUGGUUGUAUGGCGUGCCAUGACCCCGCCGUGUCUACAGCUUCUCGCCGAUCUGGAUGACGAGAGUCUUGCUCAGUAUCCGUAUCCUGAUGUUCUUGAGUAUGCGGGCUGCAUUGAAGCAUACGAGAAGGCGACAUUCGUUCAUCUGCUCCAGGUCGCUGGAGCUGGGCGUGUCGGUUGGAUCAAUGAUUGGACGUAUAUGGACAUGCUUAUCAAUCGGAUUCUUCUACUGGCAUACAAAUUGCCAAAAGAUAUCGGCCAAUUGGCUUUCCUGUGGCCGCUUUUCAUUGCUGGGCAGGAGACCCGGAAUGAGUCUGAGCAAAAAUACAUUCGUCAAACUAUGGAAGAGUUGAAGCGGUUUGGUUUCAGGAAUGUCGACAAAGCACUCGAGAUCCUAGAAGGGGUCUGGUUCAAACGACGCUCCUUUCCUAGAGGUUGGAUCCAGACCUUGGAAGAAGUUCAGACGAAUAUCCUUCUUCCUUGA